AUGCGAACUAUCCUCACUUCGCUAUACAAACGAGCAACUUCUCCUACACUGCAGAAGCAAUUUCAUGAGUACCGCGUCAGUACAGCGAAGGAGCUGAAUGCAGCCGUCACGGCGGCUAAAACGGGUUCGGGAGAUGUUCUGAAGGGCAUUUCGAAACGCUUGGGAGAGAAGGAGGCGCAGAUGAACGUGUUAAACAUGGCUCUGGAUCGCGCUGGGCUUUGUCAAGAACACCAGGGGUUACUGCGAUUCUCUGGUGAAUGGCAGACCUUCGUCGAAGGGCUCCUCAGAAUGCCAGAUGGGCAAACCACGGUUCCCCUGGAGCAAUACCCUCUAGACCCGUGCUCCCUGCUCCGAUUCCUGCAAAACACGCACAAAACGUAUCUCAGCACUGUUCGACAUCUGCAGGAGAAGUGCACUGCAGCUGAGAAGGAGCGCGACGAGUUGCGCGUGUUGUUGGCAAAUUCCCAAAUGUUUUUCCAGCUCCUGAUGGCAAGCUUUUCCUUUAUUGAUUACAUCUCCAUUCCGAUACACGAAUACGUCCCGGGGGAGUCCCUGCUCCUUGUUGUGAGUCGUUUCAUUCUGAAAGAGUCCCAUAGUUGA